AUAAGAAUUUUAAAAUUGUGGUGUUUCUAAUGCAAAAAACUGAAUAAAGAAAAGUGCAUAUAAAUUUUUGUGUGUGGCUAAGGUGUGGAAGUUGGUAAAUUUUCAUUCGGGACGUUCGCUAAUGACCCGUGGCAUAUAUAUUACAUUUAUGGAUAUUGUAAGUGCUCGCGUGUGUAAAAAAAACUAUAAUUCUACUAUUGUCAUAUUUAUUUCCUGGGCUAUUGUUACAAAAAUAAAACCCAUUAAAAAUCGGGCUAAGACGACCGAAAAAAAACUGCGGAUACAUCAUAUGUAUAUGUAAAAGAGGAAGAAGAUAUCGCGUCGAAGUUCGUGUGACGUCGACUUCAAUGCUUCUGAGUCGGCCUUGAUACUGCAGCGGUGUGUUGAUUUAUCCGACCCGUACGAAGUAUAAGCAGAGUCUUUAUAUCGAAAAGAGAAAUCCAAAAAUUGUCUUAAUCCUAAAAGUGAAUGAUUUUAAGUAUAGAAGUAGUAUAUUUUUAAAUGCACACAAAAAUUGGUAUUAAUUAUAUUUUGAUAUUGGAAAUAAGAAAAAUUAAAUUAUGUAAAUGAAUACUGAGGAUGCAUUUGGUAAUAGUAUAUAAUAUUGAACAAAUAGUAAUAUAUUUUUUGGAACAACUCAAGUAUUGUACUAGUGGAGAUUGUCAGUUAUCCGCACGCAGAAAUCUAUACAUCAAAACAUUAACUCAACGCAUAGUUACUUGUAAAAUGACAAAUUUUCAACGCUCAUCCUUUUGUUUUUACAUUCUGAUGGAAGUACAUAAUAUGACUUUGAAUGGUGGGAAAUGUUCAUUAAGGGAACUUUUUUACAAAGAUCCGGCAAAUUGCUGUAAAACUACCAAUAUAUACAAUGGUUUAAAGGACGUCUGUGCAGUCUUGCACACAACACCAUGGAAUUUACGCAUUUUCGCAUCAGGCAAAGGCUUAAUAGCAGGUGCAAUACGUUUUCUUAUGAUUAGCGGUGACAUGAUCGACUGCUAUACGCAUGGUGGCGCUGUUUUAUUGCCACAAGAUCACAAUGAAAUCGAUCAUAUGGAAACAAGUGCAUCAUUUGUACUACUUGUCGAAAAAGACACACUAUUUUCAAAAUUAAUAUCUCAGAAAAUUUUCGAAUCGUUUGGCACGGAUAUUAUAUUGAUUACCGGCAAAGGUUAUCCUGAUAUUUGUACACGUUAUGUAUUACAACGUCUCUCUACCGUGCAUAAAUUACCAAUAUAUGCACUUUUUGAUGCUGAUCCAUUUGGUAUCGAAAUAUUAUUAAUCUACCAAUUUGGCUCACGUAAAAUGGAAAAAAAUAUUUCAAACAAUUUAGUUUGUCCAGCUAUACAAUGGUUAGGUUUACACCCAACAGAAAUAAAUAUGUUUAAUUUUAGUAGCACAAAACUAGAGGAAGCCGAUAAUCGUAAAUUGCAAAAUAUAUUACAUAAUAAUUAUUUAAAACCCUCUAUACGCGUAGAAUUACUUGCGCUACAAUAUUCACAAAGGAAGGUGCACAUCGAUGAAUUGCAUAGUCUUUCGCAAAGAUUUCUGAUAAAAGACUACUUGCCAAAUAAGAUAAAACGCAAUCUCGUGAUUUAAAGUAUCUGCAAAACAAAUACAUCACACAUAUCUAUCACGUGUGUGCAUUUAGUCUAAAUUUGUAAAUUUAUAAAAUUUUGAUAAAUUUCAAAAUUCUUAUAAUUUUAUAUAUUUAAACAUUGAAAAAUUGUUGAGUUUAAUUUGCAUUUUUUUUUAUAAGUAAAUGCGCAUAAAUAUGAAGCUAUUGACAAAUGUAAUUUAAAUUUUUUGCUUAUAUUAAUAAACAGUUAAUUUAAAGUUACCCUUUAAUAUUGUAAGAAUAUGUAUUGAUGUAAUUGAAAGAAUUUUAUUUCAUAAUUUUAUGAAUUAAAAGAAAAAGAAGAAAGCACUAGUAUUCUAAGUUUCAAUCUUCUGUUAAGGUUAAGAAUAAUAAUUUUAUGUUUGGCUUUAUUUAAUUAAUUUUGACUAAACACUAAUGAAGUAACUAAUUUUAGUUAUACGUAAACACAUACAUAAUUGUGGCAUAUGUAUAUAUAAACCUAUAUUAGAAUAAAAUAACAAUUUAAGAAUGUAUUAUUAUUUAUCCCAACUCGUGUUUCAUCCGCACUCCUGGGCCAAUGCACAAAUGCAUUUUUAAAUAAACGAAAGGAACGACUAUUUAAAGAAAUAUAUGAAAAUUUGUAGAAACCCACUGAAA